AUGACAAUUCACCCGACGGAACGGGACAGCUGGCGGAUGGUCUCGCGUCGCGCCUCGACAACGUUCAGGUCUCUGCACCGGCAGGGCAAAGAAGGACUCGGCAAAGCGUAUCUCGCCGCCUUCAGUUGGGCGCUCCAACGCGACUACAAGUACGUCUUCGAAUUCGACGCUGACUUUUCCCACAACCCAGCGUACCUCCCGGCGUUCGUAAAAUUGCUCGAACGCCACGACGUGGUCGUCGGGUCCAGACGCGUUCCCGGUGGGGGCGUCGAAAACUGGGGCCCGAUGCGGCGCUUCAUCUCCUGGGGCGGCAGCCUUUACGCGCGAACGAUUCUCGGCGUCGGUGUGAAAGAUCUCACAGGUGGGUUCAAUGGCUUUCGCCGCGAGGUGCUCGAAGGUAUCGGCCUCGGUGAUGUGGCCACCUCCGGAUACGGCUUUCAGGUCGAGCUGAAGUUCCGCUGCCUGCGUCGCGGAUACGACGUCGUCGAAGCCCCAAUCCUCUUCCCCGACCGCGUGCUCGGAAAGUCCAAGAUGGGCCCACACAUCAUCGGCGAAGCGAUGAUGAAUGUGGUCAAACUCCGGCUCGGGCGCAUCGAAUAG